AGAAAGGGACGCGAGAUUCCCCAAGGCGAUCACGUGACUGUAAUCCUCGAGUGCUGCUGUGGGCGAGUGCGUCGGUUCCCGGAAAAGCGGAGGAACGAGAAGCGUCCAACACCACCCACCCACGCCUUGGAGAUCUCGCUGCUUGAUUUGGUGAGAGGAAACAACGGGAGGACUAGGACUACACAGGCAGAGAGGCGUUCCGAAGCAGAAACGACGAGAUGAACACCGCAGGCAGGCAACUAUUUGUUGGAAACUUGCCAUUCAUUGUAGGAUGGCAAGAUCUUAAGGACCUCUUCCGUGACGCCGGUAACGUCGUGCGAGCGGACGUCGUGCUCGGGCCAGCGGGACGGUCUCGAGGAUUCGGAACGGUUACUUUCUCGACCCCGGAGGAGGCCCAAACCGCCAUCUCGCUGUUCAACGGUCGGGAGUGGCACAACCGCAACAUUGAGGUUCGUGAGGACCGCAACGCCGGGAAGGUAUAUGGUGGCCGCCCCCCAAUCGGGCAAAGUGGCUCGAUUGCCAUCGGGAAUGCACCGAUCCUGAACAGAGAUUCGCAAGAGGCCCCCAUCGUCAACAUCCGCGCUCUGUACGUUGGCAACAUCCCCUACACUGCUGCUUGGCAGGAUCUGAAGGAGCUGUUCAACGAAGCUGGACAAGUCUUCCGCGCCGAGGUUGCUACCGACGAGCGAGGCAGGUCGAGAGGUUACGGAACUCUCCUGAUGGCCAGCGUUGAAGAUGCACAAAAGGCCGUCGACUUGUUCAAUGGUUAUGAAUGGAAGGGGCGUCGUAUUGAUGUUCGCGAAGACCGCUCCUACUCUGAGGGUCCCCGUGCCGUCAACAACGCCGGCAACAACAACGGUCCGUCGGCCGCCGCGAAAUUCGUCAACGCUGGUGUUAACGGAAGCGCCAGCGAGGCCAAUGGUGCGGUCGGAACUACAUUCGCGAACGCCGCCCCAACUAGCACUGCGGGCCGCCAGCUGUUUGUCGGAAACUUGCCGUUCACCGUGCAAUGGCAAGAAUUGAAGGACUUGUUCCGGGAGGUUGGAAACGUCUUGAGGGCCGAUGUUACGGUCGACAACCAGGGCCGGAGCAGAGGUUAUGGACAAAUCGUCAUGUCCACCGUUGAGGAUGCCCAAGCUGCUAUCGACACACUGAACGGCCGCGACAUCAACGGAAGGGCAAUUGAAGUACGCGAAGACAAAUUCGCGGCCGAAAAUAACGGAAACUUGGCUGGCACACAGGUCUUCGUUGGAAACUUGCCUUACUCUCUCCGAUGGCAAGACGUGAAGGACAUCUUCCGUCCCCACGGCCUCAAUCCCGUCCACGCCGAUGUUCUCGUGGAGCACAACACUGGUCGAUCAAAAGGAUGCGGUGUGGUUAGGUUCCAAUCUCCCGAAGAGGCAGAGCGCGCGGUAAACGAAGUCAACGGCGAACUCGUUAGCGGAAGGAACAUCGUUGUGAGGCUCGACAAGUUCGCUUGAUCGACUCGCACUGGUUUUGGACUCGUCCUGGUGGCUAAACGGAAACACAUACAUAGACGUCUAGUCUUCAUUGGCAUAUUCGGCCUGGGAAGAAUGUCGUACGUCACUUCAACAACCUCGCCUUGCUACGACGAGUGCCCAGCGGCCGUCUCCACACUUGUUUGAUUCACUUUUCCUGAGGAAGCGCAUGUCUCCUCCAUCUGUCUUUGUAUUAAUAUUCGUAUUGUGAUCUGUCAUAAUCUGCGUGCUGAAAGAACUUGACG